AUGCUGGAUUGGGCAGAGGAACGGGCUAAUUUGAACAUUCAGUAUGUGUUCCCGUUUCCGUUCCGGGAGAUGCAGUCGCUGAGGAAGCAGAACAUAGUUGAGAAGAAGGACAUCAGUGUGUUGGAGCUGCUGCAGACAUGCCACAAUGAGACACGCUCCAUGGACUUUCUGGAGCAGCCAGACUGCAAGGUGCUUUUUGUCAUGGACAGGAUUGACAUCUUCCAAGGAAAACUCGACUUCAAGGUACCCCCCCCCCCCCACACACACACACACACACACACACACACACAGGGCUGAGGUUAGGUGUAUGGCUAUGGAUCCGCUCUUUACAGUACCUAUAAAGAGAUCUCUCCUUCUCCCCGCUCCACCAGAACACUCCUGUUGUGACUGACAUUGAGGCUGUUAUUCCCCUGGACUCCCUGUUGGUGAAUCUGAUCUGAGGCUCCCCGCUGCCCCUCGCCCUCUUGUGGCUGACUGGGAGACGUGCAGCUACCACACAGUACAUCCACCGUGUCACUGAGAUACAGGGCUACACGUGUGUGUGGCGUUUAGAGGGGUAUGGGGAUUGGGUGGUAGGAUAGUGUUUUUAUGUGGAGUAACUAACCAACUCUAACAUCUAUGAGUUGUUGCAACACAAUGUAAAGCAUUGAGGGUGAGUAAAAGGAAACACUUUGAUAUAAAAUGCUAAUCAUUGACUAUGUUAUUGCUGUUAUUAGUUUAGUUUAUUUGUCUUAUUUAUUUAGUUACAGUGACAAGCAGAAGGAUGACUAUCUGACCAUGCGUAACUCAGGCUGUUAAGAUCCUCAGACACACCAAGACCCCACCCACCAUCUACACCCUGUGUCACAUGCCCUUCUGCUGCUGGAUAGUUGCCAUGGUGUAUGAGAGGGGUUUCCAUAACGAUGAUGACUAUGGAAACGAGCCCCCCCAAGAUAACGUCCUUCAUCCACUACAUGAUCAUCCAGAACAACCGCAAGCUGGAGAAAUACUAUGGGCAAAACCCCAACUCACAGGUCUGAUCCACCCUCCUAAUAUAAUAUAUAUGCCAUUUAGCAGACGCUUUUAUCCAAAGCAGCUUUACGUAUGGGUGGCCCAAGGAAUCGAACCCACUACCCCGGCGUUGCAAGCACCACGCUCUACCAACUGAGCUACAGAUGACCUCCUCCAUAAUGUUGGUUCACUCAUCUUACCUGCUAGUUGUGUACUAAGUCUUAUGUACAGUAUAAAGCAUUUUCUUUUUUUCUCGAUGCUAAAUGUCUCUAGAAAGUCUCAGGGUCUUGUUUAGAGUCUUCCCCACAUUAUGACGUCAGACAUGACAUUGGUGUAGGUUGUGCACUGGUGAUGCUGUUAUAUGUUGUCUUUACUGUGUAAGGCAUCUUUUGAACCUGGAAGAAAGAAAUACAAAUAUAUUUUUACUGUAUUAUUCCUAUAAUCAGAAAUGGACGGACAUGGACCAAGUGUUCAUGUUGAAGCUGGGUCGCCUGGCUCUGAAGCUUUUGGAUAACAACCGCUCAGUGUUCUAUGAAGAGGAACUGAAGGAGUACAGCUUGCCUGUGAGGGAGAAGGCCUGGUGGUCGGGCCUGUGUGCUGAGCUGGCCAGGUGAGGGAGGUGACCUGGUGGUCGGGCCUGUGUACUGAGCUGGCCAGGUGAGGGAGGUGACCUGGUGGUCGGACCUGUGUGCUGAGCUGGCCAGUUGAGGGAGGUGACCUGGUGGUCGGGCCUGUGUGCUGAGCUGGCCAGGUGAGGGAGGUGACCUGGUGGUCGGGCCUGUGUGCUGAGCUGGCCAGGUGAGGGAGGUGACCUGGUGGUCGGGCCUGUGUGCUGAGCUGGCCAGGUGAGGGAGGUGACCUGGUGGUCGGGCCUGUGUGCUGAGCUGGCCAGGUGAGGGAGGUGACCUGGUGGUCGGACCUGUGUGCUGAGCUGGCCAGUUGAGGGAGGUGACCUGGUGGUCGGGCCUGUGUGCUGAGCUGGCCAGUUGAGGGAGGUGACCUGGUGGUCGGGCCUGUGUGCUGAGCUGGCCAGGGCGAUUCCCAAAGACAAGCCGGUCUUCUGCUUUACACACCUGAGCUUCCUGGUGGGUUGGACUUCCUGUCACAUGACUUUACUUCUCUUGAUUUUAUUGAGAUUAUUGACAGAUGUAUUAUUAUUCAUAAUGAAUGUGUCUUUGUUCUUAUCAACAGGAGUUCAUGGCUGCACAUUACAUAUUCACCUUCCGCCUGGAGGAGCGGAAUGUUCUAGACCAGUCCUACCGCGUCACCGAGCUGUUCAAGGAGCACUCUCUGGUGGACAUGUACCGCAAAGCCGUUGACCGUUACCUCAGUGCUCCUGUCGGUCAGUACGACCUGUUCCUGCGCUUCCUGUGCGACCUAUCCAUGACGCUCAAUUACGGGCUGCUCCGAGGGAUGCUGUUCCCCCAUAACGCCCCUCCGCUGAAAGGUCUGGAAGACGUGGUCAGGCUGCUGACCAAGAGGAAGGACAGCGCAGGGCCAGAGAGACAGGCCAACCUUAGCGAAUGCCUUAGGCAGCUGGAAGAGUCUGAGGACUGA